CGCGGUGUAUCAAUUGUAAGUAAAACGCGAAAGGCGUGUAUCAUUUUGAAAAAGGAUUGCGGUUUGUUUUUGCAACACGCCAGAAUCGUGCAACGCGUGUUACAAUGUAACAUGUUAAUCGAUGCCUUGACAAAGUUCGGGCAACGUAAUCAGGUCGGAUAGUAGAGCGCACAUAUGAUACAGAUAAUGCGUUGACGACCGGCGCCGUCGCACAUGCGCGUCCCGACGCCCCUCGGCCACCGAUUUCGAUUUUAGUCAUUCCUGGGUCGGGGGGAUCGUUACCACUGAAGCACGGUGCAAAGCACAUCGGCCAUUUUCUAAGCUCUUCCCGUUACGAUUUUAUAUUCGUCAAUCCGAGAUUCGCGAAGCUCGGUCCUGUGUGUUUUCGAAAUUUUUUUCAAAAAUCCGUUAUCCUCAGUGUUCUUAUCAUCCUCUUGCCGUUCGUCGCGCACUAAUCGCGCUUCGAUAUUAACUGGUAAAACGUAAACGAAUUAAUAAAUAAAACAAGAAUAAAUAUAAGGAUAAAAAAGCUUCGGUGGACUCGGUUCUUCGAGCCGAACCAGGUUGAAAAACACGAGGAAAUUCGGUGCGUCUCGAUCAGUGCCCGGUUUGCGCGCGUUUCGUCGCUAUGAUGGUAGUGAAUGACUGCAGCGAGAGUAUUACGAGUGGCUUAUAGUGCGUGUGGUUCGGUUUCCUCUUCUCCAACUACGUUCACUCCGUCUAAUUUGUUAUCAACAUCAAACACAGCUCUCCGGGCUACCGCACUGCGGUCAAUCGUCACAUUUUCCUUAUUUCUUACAAUAUUUCCAGCACGAAAAACCCGAGGUCACGACCUGUCCUGGAAUAUCCAGGGGGGCAGAAACAAUGGGGUGGACGUCCCGCUGCUCUUAGGCGACCCUGUUUGCCCCCCUCCUUCUCCUUCCUGCACGAGUUCGGUUUACUCGCCAGGUUUUAGAGCCGAAUUCGAAGAGGCAAGUCUAGGGCUCGUGCGUAUGUACACCCGGCAUGCUGGAAUGCGAACCCCUCGACCAAGGAGUUGGCAAAAUGAGAAAGUCCAGUGUCGAGCUUGCUCAGCGUGUCCGGAAGAUGUUAGACCGAUCAUUCGAUUGCCUCUAAUAUUUAAGGAGAAAGAGGGACGUGGACCCGGUUUUAUUUAUAUAGCGAUUGCGCGUGUAACCGUUCGACCCUGGAGAUUUUCAUUUUGCCAUAGGAAUAUUAAAUUCCUUAGAGUUGUCCAACUCCUGUAGGAGUCGUAAGAAUUUGAGAAGCCGAGUGUACGCAACGCGUUUCAUCGGGGUGCAGGGGUCAAGCUAUAGUCACCGUAUCCGCGUGAAUCAUUGCUGCAGCACGACAUAUAACGUAUACGAAUAUCUACGCAGCCGGCUCAGCAAAGUUGACGAUUUGAAUUCCCGGCGAAUUCGGUUAAAUCGGGGCUUGUUUGAACUUGGCGAAGUGGUCAUACACGACGAAUGUAACAUACUUGUGU